ACGGAUAUAUCCCCUUAAGUGUUUUUGGUAAUCUUGUUAAAUGUAUCCGUGGCCAAGACGACGGCCUGCCUUGUAUAAACCAAUCAUAUUGUCCAAUCAGAUAAAACAACGUUAAAGAUAAAAUCUCCAAAGGCUCUAUAAGACGGUGAGAUCAAACCGCAGCUUGAAGCAGUUCGAAAGAGUGUUGGUGUGAGUAGAAAGUAUAGGAAGAUUUUAAUAUAAAUCCUUGUGCAAAAAAGAGUUGGACAAAAUAACUGUAAUGGCAAGCAAAAUAUUGAGAGCUGUUUUGGUAUUCCUAACAAUCUUUUUAACAACAACGGAAUCAUGUCAACCGUGCAACAAAAAAGCCUGCAAUCUUCAGGUUUCAAAAUGUAAAGACGGCGUCGUCAAAGACAAAUGUAAAUGUUGUGACGUAUGUGGCAAAAAAGGAGAAGCUUGUGGCGGAAUCUUUCAACAACAUGGCAAAUGCAGUGAAGGACUGAAAUGUAUAAAAAGAAGACCCAAAUCUGUCAGAGUCGUGGGAGAAAAUGAUAUUUUCUCAGGAAUAUGUGAACGAGAACAGUGUGAGUUGAAGAUAUGUGGCUUCAAUCAGAGAUGUUUGGUCAAAGGAGGAAAACCACAAUGCGCAUGUCCCAAAAACUGCAAAAAUAGAUAUGCACCAGUUUGCGGAGAGACAAAUGGUCAGCAUUACUGGAACAAAUGCUUUCUACGAAAAGAUGAAUGCAGACGACAAGAGAGAAUUGGAUACAUUAAAGGACCUUGUAAAAGUUGUCACGAAAAUGGUAAAUCUUACAAAUUUGGAGAAACUAUUACACGCAAGAACAGUUGCGAAAAAUGUGUGUGUAAACACGGUAUUUGGAAAUGUGAACACGACCAUAUGUGUCAAAGCGAGCAGGAGUUUCCACAGUUUUGUGAUGUGCAUAGUAAAAACUGCCCUGAAGGAUUGUAUUGUCAAGCACCACAAUAUAACCCAGUCGUUAACAUAGGAAUUGGCUUGUGUAUUCCUCUUGAUGAAGAGAGAGCAUCUGAAGCGACGACAGAAACAUCUAGAAAUAACGAAUGUCCUAAACUGAAAUGUGAAGUCUGUCCUCAUGGUUACAUUAAAGAUCAACAAGGCUGUCAAACAUGCGACUGUAUUCAAGACAAAAAGGCGAAAAAUAUUUGCGAGCAUUCAAAGCAUCCUGGACCAUGUAUGGCGAAUCAAAAACGUUUCUAUUACAACAGCAAGAAGGGGAGAUGUAUCGAAUUUACAUACGGUGGUUGUUUGUCCAACGGAAACAACUUUGCAUCGAAGAAAAAGUGCGAGAGACGUUGCAUGAAGUCAACAUCGAAACAUUGAGAUGGAAAAGCUACUCAAACAUACAAAGAGUGGACUAUAUGAAUUAGAUCACAAAUCUUUAGUGGAUUGCUGGAUUUUAUUCUUGACAGGAUUGUGGUUUACCGAUAGUGUAACAAAUAUCGAAACCUUAUAAGCUACGAUUUUCAUGCACUAUGCUUGAAACAAUUCGCGAUAUAAAUUAAUAACGGCUACACGAUAAAGAACUUCCUUGGAAAUUAGAAUAAAAAAAACUAGCAUUUUGUGUUGAAUAUAAACUAUUAUGUCUAUCUAAAUCGAUAUGCAUUAUGAAAACGUACGUCAUGAUAAGAGAUAUAUAUGUGCAUGUAAAUAACAUAUGCAUAGGAAUAAUUUUCAAUCACAUUUACUAUAACAAAAUACAGUGACGCUCUAAAUCAACAAAUCAUAAAUAACUUGUAAUAUAUAAGACGACAAAUUAUUCUAUCAAAUAAUGCGAAAAAAAGUACGGUUUUAUGUUUAUACUUCAGCCAACUCACUAUGAUUAUGCAGAAGUUGAAUAAUUCCAUUUGUAGAAAAAUUGUUUGACCAUAACGUUCGUGCAAAUUCAAUUUGAAAUAAACAAACUAUUCACGAAUUA